AUGAGUUCCAUCCGAUGGAGUGACACGUUUCUCUUCUUGUACUGGGACAUCAAACGCUACCGCCCAGAGCACGAGAAACGGGUAGACGUGCACAUCAGAAACUUCCUCCAGGAGCUUGCUCCUUCCGCGUCCGAAGAUCGCUCGCCUGACUCGUGGGACGAUAAAUACUACGACUCCCACGAAGCGGAAACCGCCACCCAAGACGUGCUUGCCAUCCUGGAGCAGAUGGACGCCGCUGCCCACCGGGACGGCCCAAAAUUCAACUGCUUCAACCCCAUCUCAUUGUGGUACCAGAACCCUUUCUUGUGCGAAUUUUCGAACGCACAUAUGACCAAUCCGUGGACGGUGCCCCUCCCUACGGACAUGGAAACGAUUGUGCGGCUCGUCAUCCCGAAUUUCAACGGUGACAUUAGCAAGGCUGCGUCUGUACAAACCUUGAUCACAGAAUACGGCGGCCUCAAGUUGCAUCUCUGUUUCGAGAAGGAUCGGAGUGGCCUGCAGCCAUGCGACGUAAUCCGGCUGUCUCUCAACGGGUCAGAACUUUCUGUUAUCAAUGGCACGGCGAUCAAUCUGCUCAAGUAUUGCUUCGCUACCGUAUUGCGGUGGGUCGGGCGAAUUUGCGCGGAAGGCAAGCCCCUCCCUGGUCCUGGCAUUUCAAAGCUUCGAUUGAAGAGGAUUGAGGAAGGCGCAUUCUACAGGCUGGGUAUCGAGAAAGAGCUAUGGGAGGCCGUGAGGGACUAUGGGGUCCAGCGCGGACGGGCAGUCCAGAGAUACAACCAGCGUCGCGCCGCGCUGUUAGAGGCAGCAGCACCCACCGAAAACGGAACCCGUGGAAGGACGAACGCGCUCAAUGUAUGGCCGGAGUAUCCAAAGAAGUUCCGACCAAAUCGAUUGAAUUAUUAG